UCUUAUUUUUCACAAUGCUAGUUGAUAAAUGAAAAAUCAACAAAAUAGAUAUUUAUUUCAAACGGUGGUAUUUGAAUUUUCAUAAUAUAUUGUUAGAUUGAUCAAAAUAUUUUACGGGAUUUUACCUUGGAGUCCAAAGAUUUAGGGUUCGACAUGGAUAUGUAGUUAUCGAAAUCUAACUUGAUACAACUUGAAUUGACAAAUCUAGGUCUAACCCAAUAACUAUUUGGGUGAGGUACCCACUAAGAUUUAUUUUAUCAAAUCAUCACCUUUAAUGAGACAAAUAAGUAGUUACAUUUUCAUUAUUUGAAAAAUUAACACAUAGUUAAUUUUUCAUGGAUGAAUGUUAGGUUGUAUAUUUGACCACUUCAUGCUAAGAUUUGUUAACGUAUAAGUACGAUAAAGAACAAAAAUUAACCAUCUAAGGGUCCAUAGCUCAGUGGUAGAGCAUUUGACUGCAGAUCAAGAGGUCACCGGUUCGAACCCGGUUGGGCCCUUAAUUUUUUUUCCCUAUUUUUCUAUUAGUUCUAAUAAGUUGCUCCGGUCGAACCUCAGACCGGUCAGCUCGAGUUGAUCUAGGUGAGUUGGCCACGUACAGUCUGCUCGAAUGACUGAAACGACGCCGUUAUUUUCCACUAAAUAAAAGAAACCCUAUACCCCGAGUCUCCGGCCUCUGAGCCUGCAUCAGUUCCUCAGCGAUUCUUUCCCCUUUCUCGUCGGCCGUCCCCGUCGUCUUCUCCAGCAAACAGACGGCCAACCUCCGUCGUCCCUCCUAUCACAUCUAGCAUCCGCCUUCCCUCCUCGAACCCGAGCCUUUCACCUGAAAAGAAGAUUCCCCGCCUCUUACAUCCAAUCCAACCUUCGCGAUUGCCGAUUCCUAGCAGAAGAAAUGCGAUCCCUUUUCGGCGCAUUGAUUCGAAGGCAAACCCUUGGCAGCAGCUCCAUAACUUCGCGGUUGCAGUCAAGUGGAGGAAUAGGUGCUUCUUUCGCCAACUGUGGCAAUGAAAAUCAUAUUUUCUGUUGUUCGGCUUCGAAUUGCCUUCACGCUUCGAGGAAUCACUUUCUCCGCUCGUUUCACCAUUUCCCUUCCGGCGCUCCUCGGCAAUCGACAUCAGACUUCAAUAGAGGGGGCUUCGCCAAGUUUAGCAGCAAUGGGAUAAGCUCUAGGCUAAAUGUAUCGCCUUGGUCUGUUCUUGGGACUUCUAUCACAAGUAGGAACAUUUCAACAGCGGGAUCUUCUGAUGCACCAGCUUCACCAGAUUCUUCAACACCGAUUGAUGUUGUACCACCCCGAAUCAAAUUUAAGAGAAUGGAUAAAACAGCGAGGAACAUAAUGCAGAUUCUCAAUAGGGAAGCAGUAGAGGAAGUGAGGACACAGAGAGAAGUACCUGAUAUACGUCCUGGUUACAUUGUGCAACUCAAAGUGGAAGUACCUGAAAAUAAGAGGCGUCUUUCAACUGUUAAAGGCAUUGUCAUAGCAAGACGCAAUGCUGGCAUUAACACCACAUUUAGGAUCAGAAGGCAGGUAGCAGGGGUUGGAGUUGAGUCUCUCUUCAUGUUAUAUUCACCAAACAUAAAGGAGGUUAAGGUGCUGGACAAGAAGAAAGUAAGAAGAGCCAAGCUUUACUAUCUGAGAGAAAAGAUGAAUGCCCUGUCAAAAUAGCUGGUUUGUCGUGGUCAGAAUAUGCUCACUGGUUCAGGAAGUGGUAGGGUUUGAUUUUAUGAGAUUGCUUUUGAUGUUAGCCACUCGGUCUAUUGUCGCAGUUUGUAGAGACUAUUGGGUGCCUUGAAUAACACUACGGGUAGCAUACACAUGGAGGUGCGAAGAUUCUACUCAAAAGUAAGGAGCUGCAAAGAAUCUGCAAACUAGAUUGCACAGCAAAUGAAAUCUGCAUGAUUGUAUAAGAUGCAUUAUCCUUCUUACAACCAAAACUUCUUAUCAAAUACAAAAUUUUGUAGUGGAUAUUGUUCUACUAUUGCUUGUUGAUUGCACCUAGGGCUGUCCAUUUGGUUUUGGUUUUUUGGUUUUAACCAUAACCAAACCAAUUGGAAAGCUAAUGGUUUCAGUUUUUUGGUUUUAAACCAAUAAGCAACUUAAUGGUUU